AGCAGGCUUUGUCGCUGACAGAUUCGCCCCGGCCUCGUCCGAUCCGUACCAUCUCGUGGAUCGUUGUGGGUCCACCAUUCAUAGCCCUUGCUGUAAGUUGUUCGCGAAGUCGACAUUAGAACAACCUUCUACGUUCAAACAACUUAUGCGUACCUUCUCAUAUGCUGCUUUCCGGUUCUCGUCGUUGGCUCACUUUCACCCACAGAACAGAUGUCGCAAAUGGCAGGUACUCUCUGUGUCGUGUCCAGUUCCUCACCCCGAUGCGUGAGCCCACGUCAACCUACCAUGUAACAACCCAGGAGAGGCAGAGUAUCCGACGUGGCUACGCCGAAGUCUUCGAGGUGAACCCCUGGAUGCAUGCUGGUUAUUAGCGAGGCAUUUACCGGUCAGAGAGUGAACUCUGUUCCUUCUGCGCGUGGAGAAUGUGACGCAAAGGUGCUCGGACAGUUGUUCAAUACGUGAUAGUCCACAAAACCAACCGGAGCGUAGAUUCCCGUCGCAGAUGGUGAUCAGCAGUAGCGGUUAACAGACCACCUAUGACUGCAUUUGCGGGACGUGAGUUGGUUUUCAACGGUAGAUACGGUCAGGGAUCUUGCCUGCUCUUCGUCCGUUGAAAACCAAGUGUCGAGUCGGUGAGAACGG